UGUUUAUCAAUUGUAGAUUAAGUCAAUGAAGAGUAAAUUUGCUUAAGGUCAUUUAGAUGUUUAACAAAGAAGCACCUUGACCAAAGUACAUUAUAAAAGCUACUUUUGGUUUCAUUUCUUUGAUGCAAGGUAAAAACUGCACGACAACAGAAUGAAAACCAUUUACAUUUGUAUUUCAGUAUUCUAUUUUUACUCUGGUUCAUAUACUGACGUCCUGGAAAACAAAAUUAUUAUCCUGGACGUACAUGCUCAUUUAAAUGCAUGCAUAUUAUAUGAACAAUCUUUUAUGGAAGAGUGGGAGUUAUGCGCGGAACUGAUUAAAUUUGGUGACAGUCUGUGUGCUUACGUAGACCACUUGUUUACAGAAGUUAUUCAAGAGUUUCCGAAUUCAGCCUAUCAACAGUGCACAUUUAAGUUAGAAAAUGUCAGCUGGUCGGAUGCAGUCCUGGAGUUGUGGUUUAACGCAUCAAGUGUCCAUCAGUGGUUGAAACAAAAUGAAUCUGUCAAUUUUUUACACCUUCUUAAAGAUGAAAUAAUUCGUGCAAUACACGCCACACCAUCUAUGCACGGCAAUGAAUUCACAUUGUUGGAUAACCAGUUAUCAGUAUACAAAAUAAAAUAUUUUGAAAAUGGAUCAAACAGACUUACAAGAAGUGUCAUAUUGAUGAACAUCAUAAGCAUAACUCUGUUUCUGGUAUUUUGUAUCAUUUUUUAACAAAUAUCAUCUCAGUUACGUGUUAAUGUUGAUGAAUUCUGUUAGGGCAGCAUUUCUUAUGACUAACUUUGAUUAGUCAACAUAACAUCAAUUGUAUUCACAGAACUAUUCAUAUACCUGUUGUUAUCUAUCUGGUAGUCAC